AUGCCGGUCACCAAACGGCGCUCCGUCGAGCCUUGCGAUAGUGAGUUAUUGAAGAAUUUUCCGAGAAAAACCCAUUGGUCCGAAAUCAAAGUUUAGAAAUAAUACAUUGCAUUAAGUUUUCUAGUUUAUUUUUCUGGUCCUGAAUUUAAAAUUUACAGAGUCACGUCCUCUCCUCUCUUCCACAGCCUUGCGAAAAACGCAGUCGAGCGGUUUUUUGGAGAAAUUCCGCCGCACCAAACCGACUGUCUCUUCUGGAUUGGAAUGCUUUGAGGAGGCUGCGUGAGUUUUUUUUUUUUGGAAGAAUAAGAUAAUUUUUCAAAUAUGUUGAAUGUUAAAUAAGUUUAUUACUGAAACAUUGAUUGAAGUUUCAAAUCAGUUGAUAUUAAACUUUUUUUCUGUAUUGACAUAAUUUUUUUGACUUAAGCGGAGAGUAGAUCUUGAUAGGUUAUGAAACUAAAAAAAUUCAUCUUACGUUUUUCUUCGUUACAAAUGUUGAGCGAUUCCGAGUUUUUACACAGAGUAAAAAUCUUUCUUUCAAAACAUAUAAUUAGACCUGCUUUCAUGUUUUACUCUCAUCGAAUCUCUAGAUUGAAGUGUCUUUUUAAGUGGGUUUCCUGAAGACCUAUGAGAUUCCAGAAAGCUGAUCUGUCGAGCGGCGACCCUCCAAAGACAAGGCGCGGUAAGACUCGCCGAAUGGGCCACCCAAGGCGGAAACACGGCGAUGGAAGACGUGACUAAGAAACUCGCCGAGCUGUACGUCCUCCACGAGACCGAGCAGCGCAACCUUCUGCACACCAUCGCCGGCUGCGUUCAGGUUUUCCUUCCGUUUUCGACUUCUUGAGCCAAUCCGAAACUGUUGUAGAAGCUCCAAAGAGUGGAUGACUCGUUGGAGAUGGACGAGCAACAGAAGGAGGCCGAGCGCCGUUUGGCCGACGUCACCGAGCGAGAGAAGAAGCUUCAGGCGGAGAUGAAGAAGGAUCCUGGCUCGAAUUCGGAUCAAAUCCGAAAGAAUUUGCGGCAGGUCCAUUUUUUGAAAAGACAAGAUUCUUUUGAUUUUUCGGGCUUCUAAUUAAAGUUCUUGGAUCCAGCUCUAUCAGAAGUUGUGCUCAUAAUCCUUUUAAACUCAUAUUUAUCCAAUAGGUCCAAAAAUCCUGAAAAAGUUUUCAUCUUGGCAGCUCAAGCUGAGACGGGGUUUGUAGCAGAAUCUUUCUAAAAUAUGAGAGAACAAAAGCCCUAUUUCUGAAAAAGUGCGAACGAAAUUUUUUUUUGUGUGUGUUUUUCUGUUUUUGAAAACUCGAAGGCGCUUUUAUAGGGUCAAAAAAAAGACCGUUUCGAUUUUUCUUUGAUCUUUUUGUUUCAUGACUUUCCAAAAACCUCUGAGUGUUUCAAUAUUACUUUAGAGGUGAAUUAUUUUACAUUUUACUUUGCUCUAGUCUUACUUUGAAGAAGACCUACCUUGUUAGAAUCUUUACAGAUCCAUUUGCAUGAUGAUUAUUUUUUGACAUUUUUUAUCUAAAUUUCUUCUCAGUUUGUGUUAUUUUAUUGCAAUAGUUCCUGUCGGAGAAUUUCAUUAUUUUAUUUUUUUCAAAAACCAACACUCAAUAUAUUUUUUAGAUGCUAACAACAGCGGAAGAAAAGGAAAGAAUCGAGAGAACCCUCGAUUCCUACAGAGCGGAGAACGAAGUCGUGAAGAUGCUCCGCUUCCGCACCGGAAUGAAGGUUUUCCUUCUAAUCCAAUCAAAACUAAUCAUUUGUUCCUUGUAGAGGCUUGCGGAAGCUUAUGUCGAUAACUUGUCGAGAACGCAAGACAUUUUCCUUUGCCAAAGGUUAGUUUGAAGGUCCGACGAAGUUAAACCGGAGAAAUGUUCAGAGAAAUAUCAGAGUUGGUCCCAGCUUUGGCGACUGAAGACGUUAGAAAUGUGCGAUAUGAGGGCGCCUACGUAUCGCGAGAAAAAGUGGACAGAGUUCGGCGGUUCGUUGACUAUCAAAUGAAAAGAGUCACGAAAAAUAUGUCAACAACCUAUCAGAAGGAUAAUAAUUGCAGAAAAAAUCAGAUUUUAAAAUUUGAACAGAAUUCAAUAGUUGAUCAUGAAAGAAAGGGAUUUAAGAUUUUUAGAACUCUCCAGCUUGAAAAGGAAAAACGCUUUCAAAGCUUCGCGAUUUUUUUUGAUGAGCUUUUCAGCACACAGAAAGGACAGUGUGUGCAUUUUUUUUACUGUUUUUUGAAGCUGAAAAAUCUCACGAGAGGUUUUCGUGAAAGAGGUGCUGAAACUUCAACGUUUUACAAAUGGAGCUGUGAAUUUCCAAGCCCUUGUAGUUUUUCGACUUGCCUGGAUUUCGGCUCAAUAGUUUAUUUUUCCUCAUUAAAAUCAUCGAAUUCAGAUCUUUGGACCGCGCUUCGAUGCCACCAGCCAACCAGCUCAACGAACUGGAGUCGCCAAGAUCGCAGCUUCUGGGAACUCCCCAACGACGUCGUCGCAGCGAACCGCCGACUCGCCAUCUCUAUUCGCGACAUCGCGAAUUCGCAUCGCCUUCUAACAACGAAGCCAUUGUCCCAGAAACUCCGCCUCCACCCUACCGUCGCUGA